UCAAACCCAACCCAUUUGUUUGACCACACCACCACAAACAAUAAACAUGUCCCAAGAUCAUGUCCCAAGAUCUUGAUAUCAUAUUGAAUAACUCAUCAUGAUUCAUGACCAUUAUGAUUUUUGUUGCUAAUAAAUGACCUCUAUUUAUUUCUGACAUCAUCUUUGCGUUCCAAAAGACCAACUUGUGUGUUUUAAGUCUUUCCAUAUGGUAAUGUCAAAAGGUUUGAUUGUACAACACAGAUCUAUCUCACUCAUUCUUUCACGUUUUUUUCUUUGUUCUUUUUUUUGCUGCCAUUAUUUUAGAACCACCUCCCAAAUCCAACAAACACACCAUCAAGUCUCUACAAAUCUCUCAUUUUCUACCGAGUAUUUCUUUUUCUGAAAACACACAAACACUCUCUCUCCCUCUCUCUCUCUCUCUCUCUCACACACACACACAUAUUCUUUGUCUUGAACGGAAGUAAUAUUACGACUAAAUCAAGAUCUAGCAAGAUCUCUUCUUUUAGAGGUCCUGGUGCAAAAAUCUCUCUCUCCCCCGUCCAGAUUUGACUUUUUUCAGGCGUUGACCGACGUUGACCGAUUCUUUGAGUUUUUGUCAUUACACUCUCUCCCUCUCACUACCACCACCAAACUCAAGCCCUUCUUCAGAUUGAGAUGGAGUACUGUUAUCACGACAGUAAAAAGAUAAUUUUCAAUGUUACCAAGCACACAAACUUUCGAACAAGGGUUGUGGCUAGACUACGAAAAGUGAUGACUGCUCGCCGGUUUUAUCAUAAGAGAGGAGGCUUUGUGGGAUAUCUGCAACCUGAUCAAGUCACCAGAGUUCUGGUCACCGAUGAGGUAUAUGAUGUCAUGUUCCAUAUGCGGAACAGUGACCUCUACACCCUCGGAAUCUCUUCCAAAGGCCACAACUCUUCCGAGGAUUUUGGACAAUUGAUGGAACUCCUAGAUUAUGAUGCAAAUCGUGUGCAACAAAAUACCGUGCUUGAAAACUCAAUCAGGCUUGGAAAUCCCACAAAGAUAGAGUUUUUCCGGACAAAGUACCAACAUCUGAAGGAAUUGAAUGGAAUAACACAUGACCAUAUUAAACAAGCAGUAUCUUUUGUUGGGGAAAACUUGUAUCGCGUAAAUGAUCUGAGUGACAAAGAGUUGGGAACAUUAAAGAAGCAUAUCGAGCUAUUGGUAAACAUGAUAGCAGAAAGCAUGAGAGAGGAUUGGAUCGAAGAUAUAUUCGACGCUGUGUUAAAUCACGGUUACACAAUCAACAAGACUGUUGAAGAGGCACCCUCUUCAACAGUCUUGUUGAUUGUGUAACCGUGAUUUAACACAGCGUCGAAUAUAUCUUCGAUCCAAUCCUCUCUGAUGCUUUCUGCUAUCAUGUUUACCAAUAGCUCGAUAUGCUUCUUUAAUGUUCCCAACUCUUUGUCACUUAGAUCAUUUACGCGAUACAAGUUUUCCCCAACAAAAGAUACUGCUUGUUUAAUAUGGUCAUGUGUUAUUCCAUUCAAUUCCUUCGGGUGCUGGUACUUUGUCCGGAAAAACUCUAUCUUUGUGGGAUUUCCAAGCCUGAUUGAGUUUUCAAGCACGGUAUUUUGUUGCACACAAUUUGCAUCAUAAUCUAGGAGUUCCAUCAAUUGUCCAAAAUCCUCAGAAGAGUUGUGGCAUUUGGAAUUCAUUCUGAGAUAAGCAGACUAUCAGAGGGCAACAGUGCAAUGACUCCCCGUGCUUGGAAUUCAUACGCUACUAGAGAUAGCCCACUUUUACUCGAGGAACCCGCUAAAGAUAGAUCUUAUUAUUAUUAUUUUUUUUUUAUCUCAAUUUACUUGCUGGUUGUGCAUUUGAAUAACUUUAUCAACAAAUGUUUGCCAAAGCUUUGGCUCGUCUCUCACGAGUCUCAUUUUGCCUUCCCAUAAGAAGUAGAGGUUUUGAACCCAACUACUUGUUAGUCAAAUAGAAACAUAGCCAAAAAAAUGCCAUGGGUCAAAUAGGUAGAAAGUCCCUCAAAUUAUAUCUCUGAUGCAUAAAAUCUUUUGAAAACUGUUCAAGAAAUAUCAAAGUAUUACUUAUAUGUAUCAUAUUUGACACACUUUUAUUUUCAAAUUUUUGGACAAAAAGUGGUUCAAACGAUACAAAAGACCCACUUUGACAACCUGCUAGACCCACCCAAUUUGCCACCUCUAAUCUAAGUGGUUCAACAAUUUCUUACAUCCAAUCAUCCAUGUAUGGAGACAUGGACAAAUACAGGGUCGUACCUAAGACUAUAAGAGAAAAAUCUGAGAGCUAAAUAAUCAAAAGAAUUGCUAUUCUUACUGGAAUUACCAUACCAACUUCCGUAAGAAGUAGGCUUCGUUUAAUAGGGAAGCGUAGUGGUGACAUUGAAUGUGAUCGUUUUGCUGGUUUCCGGGUAAAAGUUAUCAGUGCAUAAAGUUGAAAAUACUUGAAAAUAGAAUCAACAAUUGGAUAAAAGUCAAUAUCUGCUAACCCUUUGUUUGGUGUGAUGCAGCCUUAGCAAAUGAAAAAGUAACUGGGAACUCAGAAGAAGGUUGUUCAGAAUCCUCUUUUCUGCACAAGUAUUUUAUACCGUGGACUGGUAUUGUUGGAGCUCCAAUUGAGGUAACUGAUAACAACUUGUUAACAUGGAAUUUGAAAAUAUCUGUUACCUUAAACCUGAUGACUGGAUCAUUUCUUUUUCUGCUUUAAUAUCUUUAGUAAUGCAAGCCUCUGUAGAAAUAAUUGAUAAUUUAUGCUUUGUACUUGAAUACAUAAUCACAUGGUGAUUUAUGAGACUAGAAAAUCACAUUUAUUUCAUGAUCCUUUUACAUUAAA